AAGGGAUGCAUGGAAACCAGGUUUCUGCGCUUGGCGCAGGAACUGGGAGCCAUGGUGCCUGGCAGAUGCUUGUUUCUGCUUGUGUUCCUCUGCAACUUGGUGCGUGCACUUGGCAACUGCUUGAAUGCCAGCGAUGUGGUGCCAGUGGCUGAUCGCAUCAACAUUGUUGUUAAUGGGGAAAGCUUGCCCAUUGGGUUUUCGAGCCCAGAUUGGGAUUCGGCCAAAAUCUAUAGCCGCAUUGCGGAAAUCAUCACACAGGAGAUCUUGGGGUUUAAUACUCAGAUGGGCCCGCACGGAGAUGAAUCUCAAUCAGCCUACAAACUUGUUGCAGAAGGCAACAGCAUACACUUCUUGAGCGAGAUUUGGUCCUCUUUCACUGCUGAGAUCAUAGCAUUUGAGGCGGCAAAUCCAAGUUUGGCUUUGCCCUUGCUGAAGACGUUGGACUACAAGGGACGGGAUGGAAUGCAUAUUUUUCCCAAGUCCUCUGAGCCCUAUUACGACUCCAAUGGCAGGUCGUUGGAGUUCUACCAGUACUUCAACGCUUCGGUCUUGACUCUCACGACGGAGUUCUCCCCAAUCUCUGCCUUUGACAUCAACAGCCUUUCAGCUUGUGAUGGGUCCGAGUCAGGUCCCACGGAGCAAAGCUACUACUUGUCAGCCACAGGCGAUGCAGGUGCUUUCACCGUGCUGAACGGAGUGCGGACAUGGAAUUGCCAUCAGGGAAAAUGGUGGCUGUCCCCUGCGUGUCGAAACGAUCCAAGCACCUGUGUGCCGCUGCUGACUCACCUCUUUUGGGGUUGGAGUGAAAUGAGACAAAAGGCCGCUUACUUCAACAUGCCCAUUGCCAUGGGCAGCACACCCUCCGCCGAGCUCUAUGUCGAAUGGCCGAAGAAUCAUAAGAUGUUGGCCUACUGGUGGACCCCGGACGAUAAGUUCAAAGCGGAGGGCGCUUUGCAGAUGUUCUUUCCAGAUCACAAUCCGGGCGAAUGGGACGUUGGUGUGAAAACCAGCAUGCCAGCAGAAGAGCCCUUGUGGGCCUACUACAAGCCAGGAGUGGAUUCUGCUGCGCCCAAAGUCUUCUUGGUCCUUUCCAACAUGGCUCUGUAUGAUGAUGACAUGACUCACCUUCUGAACGAAGUGGUGCGCUUGCGGACUCAAGGAGUAGUGUCGAACAUUGUUGACACGGUCGCAUGCAACUGGCUCAACAACAACGUGGCGCGUUGGCGAGCUUGGAUUCCCAUUGCAACAGAGUGUACACGAAGCCUUGGCUUUGGUAUGACUGCCGAGAAUGGGACCUUCGUUUUAGACCGAGCGCAUGCGACGGGCUGCACACUCUGCAGUCCGGGCAAAUACGCUUCGUCCUAUGCAGAUGAUGUGGGGCAGUCGGCGGUCUGCCUGGCUUGCCCCUCUGGAUCAGCUCAAGAUCGCGGUGGUCAAACAGAGUGUGCGGAGUGUGCUGCGGGCACUUAUCGAGUAGAUUCAGGUGUUCGUUGCAGUCCUUGUGGGAAGGGUACUUACCAACCAGCGGUGGCACAAGACAGCUGCCUGACAUGUAUGAGUCCCAUGACGACCGUCACGGUGGGAAGUGACACCCAGGAGCUUUGCAUUUGCCCGGCCGGCACCUUCCAGCCUUGCCUGGGUGGUGGAACACGAUCGGAGUGCGCCUGUCCGGCCUCCUUUUACACAAGUUCGAGUUCUCGUUGUGUGGAGUGUCCGGAGGGCAUGUAUUGCAACGAAGGCUCUGACGAACAGUUCUUCCCGUGCUCGGUGGGUGAGAUGCAGAAUUCCACGUCGAACCCCUACCCGAAGCCGAGUGAAGGGUAUUUUGUUCUCUUGGAGAAACCCACCGAUGUCUACAAGUGCAUUGAUGAGCCCUCCUGCCCUGGGGACUUUGCUGACCAUUGUGGUGAUGGCUUGAUGGGAGUCGCCUGCGGGGCGUGUGCGGCCGGCUUCUACAAACAAGCAGGCUCAUGCAAUGAAUGUGGCGAUUUGGAGCAGAACCCGCUCUUUUUGAUCUUGCCUUUGCUGGUUUCUCCCGUUUUCGUCUUUGCCUUCUACAAGGUCUCCCUUGUGGACGUGCACCUGUGGGGAAGGACUGGUCAAGGCUUUGGUGGCAUUGGUUACUUGAUGCUCGUCUACGUCCAGACGGUCUCAGUGAUCAUCUCGAUCUUCCCAACUUUACCUGCCACGUUGGCGGGUGGCGUCGGGUGGACUGCCACGUCGGCAGAGAUCACCAGCCUCUUCCGCUUGGAGUGUGCAGGUCCCUCGGAUUUUGUGGGAAGCUUCAUCCUAAACUUGGUUUUGCCAGAGAUCGCGGGUGCCAUUUUCUUCGUGACCUGGUUGGGAGCAAUGCUCAUCGGCAAGUUCGUGCCCAAGCUGCGCAUGGACGGCGACGUGGUGCUGGGCUGCUUCGGCGCGAUCCUGAAGACCUUCUUCGUGACCGUGGCCUCGAAGUGCUUCUCGCUCUUCCAGCUCUAUCGCCAUCCCAACGGCAGCUUCUCCAUGCGCGCCUCCCCGGAGGUCCUGCAGGGCUCCGAGGAGUGGUCCAGUAUGGUGAUCUUCUCCGCCAUGGCCAUCUGCGUGAAUUGCGUCUUCCUCUUGGUGGUGAUCAGUUGGGCCAUGUGGGUCGCACCGCGACGCUUCCACUUGAAGAGCUUCCGCAUGCGCUGGAAGUUCAUGAUCCAAAAGAUGCGUCCCUCCGUGUAUUGGUGGAUGAUGACCAUUUUCUUCAAGGGCCUAUGGAUUUCACUGACCGGAGUGCUCUUCACAAAUGCCAUGCGUCAAUCACUCUGGAUUUGUUUUGGUUUGCUCUUUUACACCACCAUCAGCUAUGUGUUUUUGCCUUGGCGCAGCGUCUUCGUGACGAUCUUGGACAUUGGCACGCACGUUUCCACAUUGCUUCUUUGCCUUCUACUACCCUUCUUGAUUGAUUUCGACCAGGAGGAGCAGCAGACUGCAGUGACGAUCUUUGUGACGUUGUCCAUCCUGGGCUUCUUGAGCGUGGUGGGCUCGAUGCUGUGGGCAUUGGUCAAAGGCUUUUCGCCCUGGUGGAAGAGGCGAAGGGAGAGGAACAUUGAAUACUAUGCCCAGCGCAUGGCGGAUGUCUUCAGUUCAGCCACCGAACCUCGCCUUCUCGCUGAAAUGAUGACAGAGAUUCCGGCCUUGGACAUUCUGGAAAUCAAGUAUGUCGCGACCAUGAUGUCCUCUGAACUCUUGGGGAAGCAUGUGAUCGGUCGUUUGGAUUGGGGGGAACCUGCUUUGGCAGAUCCUGUGAAGGACCAGUUCACGGAUGGAGUUGCUAGGUCUCAGGUGAUCUGGACCUGAAGUGUCACUCGGGCAACCGAAGAAGUGUUGACCCGAACAUCUCUGUGCCACCAAGUGGCGAAAGUCGGCGUUCAGACUGUUCUCAGUGGAAAGCAGAUGAUCAGAGGUGCCCUUCAAAAAAACCGAAGCGCAUUGUGUGGGAUAUGAGCGAUGUGGUUUACUGUUGGCGAGUUGUGGUUUCAGCUCUCAGGCCCUGUUGGACGAUGGCGAAGCCAUUGAAAACACUUAGACAGAUGGAAAGCUGUCGCAAAAUUGGAUCAGGGUGAAAUUCAAUAUACACAACCACAACCACAGCAGCUUUCCACCUUUAACUUGACUUGACUCAAAAGAAUAUGCGAAAAAAAGGUGCCUGGCGCAUGUGUGUUGACCAUGCGUGUAAAGCCUUUUGUUGAUCCCUUCACUUUCUGACGUCGCCAACGGAAUACCUGGCGGCGUCACGUCUGGCGGCGCUGUUCGGAUCGGCCUGAUUGGGGCGGAGCAGCUGCAGGGCCGGGAGUGUUCA